AUGCAUGCCUCCAUAGAGAGGGGCCGCUCGGAUGUAAACGAUGCAUGCCUCAUAGAGGGGGGCCGCUCGGAUGAAACGGAAGAGGUGCCAGAGGUUCAAGAAAAAGAGGAGAAAAAGAAGAAAAAGUCCAAACCAUUGGAAAGGCGGUCAACAAGGACCAGGAAAUUCAUCAGUUACAGGUUUGAUGAAUUUGAUGAGGCGAUCGAUGAAGCAAUAGAGGAUGAUGUCAGGGAUGCUGAUGGAGGAGGUGUGGGCCGAGGAAAGGAUAUGUCCAAUAUCACCGGUCAUCAUGGCAAAGACAUAGCCACCAUUUUGGAAAGCGAAAGGACAGAAGUAAAACGGCCGCCAAGAGUUGCCGCGCGUCGCAAGAAGCGCCGGCGACUGAACGACCUGGACAGCGACAGCAACCUAGAUGAAGAUGAGAGCGAGGACGAGUUCCGGAUCAGUGAAGGCUCCCAGGAAGAUUUUGUUGUCUCUGAUGAAAAUGCCGAGGAAAGCGAAGACCAGCAGUCCAAUGACAGUGACUUUGGAGCAAGGCGGCCUCGGAGGCAUUACCAGCGGCCCGUGAGGAAAAGCACGCGGCUGAGAAAGCGCGUACGAAGGUAUUCAGACGAUGAAGAAGACGACGAUGAUGAUUCUGAUGAGGAUGGCCAGGAGUCAGAGACUGACAACAGUAGCGCUUACAGCGAUGACUAUCUGGAGACCAGGAGGAGGCGAUCACGGAGAAAUCAGAAGAGACAAGUCAACUACAGGGAAGAUUCUGAGAGCGACAGAUCACUGAAGAGAGCUCGCUACGGGCGAGGGAAGGAGAUGAGACGAGUACUUAAACGGAGAUUCUCCAGCUCGGAAAGCAACGCGAGCAAGUUAUCUGGCGACUCCGAAGACGAAAAGCCCAAAAUCCCCAAAAAGCUGCUGAGGAAACGCAUCCGGAGUUCAGACGACGAGCCGUCGGAGGAAGAAGAGGAGAAGCCCAUCCGAAAGCGUCCGAACCGCAUCGAGACGGACGAAGAGGACGAAGAAGCGGACGCCAAGCCCGUCGACAGCAGCGACAAAAAGUCCUUCAUCUACUCCUCACUGAGGGAAUUUCUUAAGGAGAACGUCUCAAUAAGAGGGAUGGUCUACAGAGGGUCUAUUGACAUUGAGAGCUGUGCUAAAAACUAUGCCCUCCUUGGCAACUUGGGAGGCUGUCAGUAUUACUUUACCAUUCCAAAGUGA